AUGUCUGGAUCGUCAAAGAAGUUUUAUGGAGGACAGACUAAUGCGCCCCCUCUGGGCGCGACACUCUCUGUUUCUUCGAGCGCUCCUAUUCUCUCUUCUUCUCAAGAAUCUCUACAUCCAAACUCGAAUGCCUCGAUAAGACCAUCUACAAGCGCACCUUUACGGCCUGCCUCAGCCUUAUCAUCUCGCACAUUCUCAGUUGUCGGAUCGUACAGACCACCUUCCAGCGCAUCGACUCGACCAGGCUCUCGCCUUGCACAGCGACCUGCUUCUCGUGUAUCCCAGCGACCUAUUUCGCGACAAUCCACGCGCCUGUUACCCAGCUAUCAGACCCUAGUCACUCAAGUAGCCGGUCUCGCACCUAACAAUGAUGAAGAGAAUUUCCGCGUCGCUGUUGACUUUGUGUCCAAGACCUUGGAUCAAACUGCCAGACCUUCUGGAACUAAUGAUAUAUCCGUCGUAGACAAGCAUCUUCGCGGACAUGCACAGAAAGCCUGUAUCAAUUCUCAUGAUGUCCUGGCGGAAGCUCUUGAGAUUGCACAUCGUAAGGUCAAAGCUCAAAUGCAGCAAAGUCGUGAUCUAGACUCAGAUAUAAAGACAUCUUUGCUACCAAGCCAUUUGCAGUUGUUGAUUCUGCUUUCACUCCCUCCGGAUGCAGGGACGCAGAAUUUUGCAGAAGAAUAUAUUAAUAGAGUCAAGAACCCUUCGCAGUCGGUGCCUACUCUAACUUGGAAGGACAUUCUAGCAGAGGAACCCUUCGAAGGCCAGCAUUGGGAAGGUGCAUAUGGUCUGCUCCCGGGAAGCACAGUAGAAGACUGGUAUGUUCACAGUGGAGGGAGUACGCCGUCCCUAUCACCUUUUGACGACGAUUCGGACGACCUCGAUGUCUCUCUGUUGUCUGCUGAAAUGCUUGAUGACCGCGAAACCCUGCCUUCGCCACACAUGCUGAAAAUGGAGGUACCUGUGCCCCCUCGCCAGACGUACAGUCAUCGACAAGACGUCGAAGAUCUCCAGGCAAAGCAGUAUUGGAGGACAGACUGGCAUACCGAUGCCAAUAUUAUGCGACCUUUCAAUAUCGGAGACGCUUCAACUUUAGGCCCAUCUAUACAUCGUGCUCUGGGAGAUAAGGCCACCUUAGGUAUUGAUGGUCCACAAAGAGAGAAAUACAUUCAUGAGCAUGAUGCUGUUCGGGAAGUUCUCAUGGGCUUGAGAGGUCACAAGAACCUCAUGAUGGCGUGGUUGCGCGGUAGUGAUGGUACAUAUUCCUUCGUGUCUACCUUGGGAACUAGGCUACUUCACUUUUCAGCAAUGGCUCAAGCUUCUAUCCUAACUCUAUUCGCAGAAACAGCAACUACGCUUGAGCAUUUGCGCAAGUUCAUCAAAGCUGUCUAUUGCAAAGCAUCUAGUCGAGUAGCACCCGAUAAUCAUAAAGCAGCUCCUCUCACUACGUUGUAUCGGCAUAACACUCUCACCCUCGAGGCAUUCUCGGCGGCCGUCGAGUCCCAGAUAUUGGCGCUUGAAGGGUGGUGUGCGCUGAAGGAGGAGCAAAUAUGCAUGGCCGAGAGCGGUGUCGGGCCUACACUGGUCGUGAGUUUACUCAGCCUGGAGAAGAGCCUCCGGGACAAAUUCUCGUUAAGCUUUCCGGUAGUACUGGAUGUACUCCGGAAUGUGGUCCAACGGGCUUUACGGUUGCCAGAGCCUCUUCAUGAGAUCUGGACGAUGACUGAGCUUCCCAUGCGAUCAUCCCCGUCAGUAUUCAGCGCAUUACUGCUGGACUCGCUGUUGAACGCUGCCCAAGAAAAUGUAUCAUUGGGCGACGCCAUCACCUCGGCUACACUAAUGCGCAUAUUUGUUGGCACUGCGGAACCCAUAUGGAACAUGGUGGGACGUUGGUUGAGGGACGGGAUGCCUGUCCAGAACGUACUCGGAUCGCACGAGAAGAGUCGAGCCGAGGAUGUGGAUGACGAAUUCUUCGUGGGAGAUAACGAACUACCUAUCUUGGAUCCUGAUUUCUGGGCGGACGGAUUCACUCUCAAAGAUGGUCAGGGAGAGAACACAAAACCUAGCUCGAUACCAACAUUUCUGGAGCACAUGGCUCAAGAUAUCAUGCAUGCGGGAAAGGCUAUCGGACUUCUACGUCUCUUGGGAAUCCCGGCUAUGUUUGAUCGUCAAGCUAACCAGUCUUGGAUGGCGGACUGGAGGUCUUUCGCCAUGUUACUGAACACCCCGUCCGGGUCUGUUCGUUCGCAGCCGCUUAACAGCGCCGAAAUUACGGUACAAGGGUGGUCGAUAACGACUUCCACGGGGGACCUAUCCCGUCUGAUCUCAGACGAGCUCGCACCCCAUAUUUUAUAUGCCCAAGAGAUGCUGCAGAAGGUGCUUAUUGAUGACUGCGAUCUGUGGCUACAUCUCUCUGCUAUGGAAGACCUAUUCUUGAUGAGAAGAGGGGACGCUAUGUCUCACUUCAUUGACAAAGUGCUUUUGAGAAUGGACAGCAGACAACCAUGGACGGACUUCCACUUUUUGAAUACCGCGUUCCGGGACGUCGCAGAGGCUACUCCUCACCAGUGGAUCGAUACUUCCCUAGUCCGCUUCUCACAUAGGGGAGCAAAGGACAAGUCAAUUACUAGAACAGUGAGAGCGAUUGACGGCUUGUUGAUCGAGUACGCUGUGCCGUUCCCUCUGACCUAUGUUUUCGGUCCGCGAGUAAUGCAAGUCUACUCGUCGAUAUUCUCGUUUAUUCUGCAGAUACGCAGAGCCAAGAGUGUGCUCGAGCGUAUAUUGGUACGUGGCGAUGUGGCAGGCACAUCACAUCUGGGAAGCGACUUGAAAGCGUUUUAUGCUAUGAGAAGUAAGCUCUCAUGGUUUGUCAAUGUGCUCCUUAACUUCUUGGCAACCAAUGUGCUGCAUACACAAGUGCUCCAAUUUCACGAGGCAUUCAAGAAAGCAAAUUCUCUCAACGAGAUGAUCAGAAUACACGACGAGCAUCUUUUGAAGAUUCAAGGACGGUGUCUCUUGCAGAGAAACACAUCUGCAUUCCACCGCGCCAUUAUCUCUAUUCUCGACCUGACCAUGCAUUUCAGCGAUUGCUUCGUAGCCUUUGCAGGAGAUACGACACACGACAUCUCGCGAAAUUCUAUUGUCAUGAUGAAACGCCAUCGCAGUCGACGCGUCAGGCGUCAGAAGAGAAAUGUUAUUGGAUUUACACAGUCGUUGCGAGAAACUGACGAGAGUUCAGAGAGUGACAGGGACGAGGAAUUUGUUGACGGUGCUCGUCCGGAGCCGUCAUUCUCCUUGGCAACUUCAACUGGUUCGUUUGUAGACGAGAGCUUCAUUGAUAGACUGGACAAGAUGUCUUCAGAGCUCGAUACGCUAGUGCGAUUCAUCCGGCAUGGCGCAGAGAGUUUAGCGGCUGGCGGAAGUGAGGCGGCGUCGGCAUUCGGUAUAUUUGCCUUCGCACUGGAAGAUUGGGACAGGUAA